AUGGUGGAACAACACAACAUUACCGAGGAUGAAGCUGCUUUAUAUGACCGGCAAAUAAGAUUAUGGGGUCUUGAUGCUCAAAAGCGGUUACGGGCAGCCAAGGUUCUGUUGGUGGGUCUGCGUGGACUUGGGGCAGAGGUAGCUAAAAACAUUGUCCUUGCAGGUAUCAACUCACUUGUCUUGCUUGAUCACACCAAGGUCACAGAUGAAGACCGAUGUUCCCAAUUCUUGGUGUCCAGGGAAGAUGUUGGCAAAAACGAAGCCACGCAGAAGCUGAACCCGAUGGUGCAGAUCACUGUCGACACUGAGGAUGUUGCUACGAAACCCGAUGACUUCUUCUACUCCUUCAAUGUGAUCUGUGUCACUUGCAGCACCCAGACUGUCUUGGACAGAAUCAACAAAAUCUGCCACAACAAAAACAUUCAGUUCUUUGCUGGGGACGUUUUUGGAUAUUUUGGUUACAUGUUUUCUGAUCUUGGCAAACAUGAAUAUGCAGAGGAAGUUCCCAAGCCAAAGGCUAAGGAAACAGAUGACAAUGAAAAUGGAGAACCAAAGGCAAAGCAAGCGAAAAAAGAAGUAUUGGAAACAAUUGUUGUGAAAAAGAUAACAGAAUUUGUGCGUUUUGAUGCUGCCCUCCAUUUUGACUGGACCACAGAAGAAAACAAAAAACGCCUGAAAAGAACACCAAAGACUUAUUUCAUCAUGCAAGUCUUGUUCAAAUUCAUGGAGAAGCACAAACGUCGUCCUGACCCUGAACAGAAAAGUGAAGAUCAGAAGGAAUUAGAAAAUUUAAAAGUAGAAGUCAUAGAUGCCUUGAAGGUGGACCAAGAAUUUCUCUCUGACUACUUUGUUACCCAUUGUUUUGCUGAAUUGGGUCCUGUAUCAGCCAUUGUAGGAGGAGUUCUUGGACAGGAAAUCAUCAAAGCUGUUUCCCAGAAAGACAAGCCACAUAACAACUUUUUUUUCUUUGAUGGUGUGAAUGGUAGCGGACUGGUUGACCAGAUUGGUGCUUAA